UACUAUGGGUCUGGAGGCAAGAAAAUAAUCGCAAAAACACUUCAAGACAUACUGCUGGUACACGAGAUCGAUGCUGCGAAUGAGCACAUCAAACCAAUGGAUACUCUGGAAUAUAUAGCCUCCCAGGUCAGUAUGCGCCUAGUUAGGGAAGAUCUUGAGUCGCCCGUUGAGACAGAAGAAGAUUGUGAUUGCACCAUUAGCCUAGCAUAAUUUAUCUUCUCCAAUCUAUCCCUAUACACUUUCAUUUAAUCUUCUCUUUUUUUCUCUUUCUCUAUACUCUUUGAACGUCACUAUAAGGCAACAUAAUAAAAGUUGGUCUACACAAAGAACUACACUUCCACUUUUUUUUGGUCUACGCAA